GGAGGAACUUGCUUUGAAAAUGGCCGAAAUCCUUCAAAUGCGGUCGGGGGAACGGAUCCCAUAUCUUCUAGUCCUCGUAGUAGUUUCCUUGUUCUGUGUUGCAUUUGGAUUAUCGUAGUCCACGUGAUGUGGCCAUCAGUAUACCCCAGAAUCGUUCUCUCUCAUUCUGCUCGACGUGCAGGAUUGUCAGCCCGUUGGGUCAAGACAUUGAAUAGUCCAUGUGGGCCAUUCGAAUCGGACCAGGUGGUUUGCGAUUAGACUCGUCGCGGCGCCGCUCUUGGAGCCUGGAGACAUUGCGGGACUGUGGAGUGAGCAUUGGCAAGUCCUCGAAGUGACGCCCUUUCAAACGCCUCUGUUUGAACUAGCACUGUGCUUCGUCUUUCGUCCACUACCCCAAAUUCACGGUGCAUCGACAUCCAAGGAAUGGUUAUACCAGGGGUGGGGAAUCUUCAUGUAGAACGGUUCAUGGCAGGUGUGCGCGAGGUGUUGUCAUAGCCCGGCUGGUUACUGUCCUUCAAUGCGCAUAUCACCCUAAAAAAUUGAUUUGAGUUCGCUGAGCUUCGUGGCGUAACCAAUGGAGAGAUCACCCUAUGGCAAAGAACGAAGGGUAAAGAGAGUGCGCAUUAGCUCUACCUAUACCGCUCUCAGUUCUCUAGCUGUUGAGGAUCUGGGCAGUGAACCCCCUCAUCUACGCCAAUGCAAAGCCACAGUAAAUUUCUCGGAAGUUUUGACUACUACGGUUGCACAAUCCCUCGGGGUUGCAAAACGCAAAAAACUCUUGAAGAGUCUGGAGGAAGUUGUGAGAGAUGAGCAAGCGAAAUCUACAAAGGUUGUCGGGACGGAAAUGGUUGUCUGGACUAACGGUCCUGCCUCAGCUUACUCUCUCACUCUCUGUGAGGAGUGUAAAGGGGGUGACUCAGCAGAGCAGAUGUUACUUUGUGAUCAAUGCGACCGAGGAUUCCAUAUGUUUUGUUUGUCCCCAAUCCUUGUAUCUAUACCACCUGGUGACUGGAUCUGCCCACAUUGUUCUAAAUCUACUAUUGCUCACGAAUUUCUAAUGGUGCAGAAAAAAAUUGUGGACUAUUUUCGCAUCCAGAAUUUAUUGCCUUCCAAAUCAGUCACGGAGGCUAUUGAGAGGAAAAAACGGAAGAAGCAGAGUGCUUUUAGUUUUUGUCCACCAAAGAGGGGCAGAAGAUUGUUGCCCUACGUUCCGACCAUUGAUCCACAGCGAAGGCUAAAACAAAUGGCCUCCUUGGCUACUGCCCUCACUAGCAUUGGUGUACAGUUUUCUGAUUCGUUGAGUUACAGAUAUGCCCCACGUACCGCCAAUCGUGCUGCUCAUGAGAAAGGUGGCAUGCGGGAGAUGCCAAGGGAUGACAAGGAGGCUUUUGAUAAAUGUAAGGCUAUGUGUAAGAGUGGGCUGUGGCAACCAUUGACGGUUGCUUAUGAUAUGCGACAGGGGUUUGUGGUAGAGGCAGAUGAGGACAUAAAGGAUAUGACAUUCAUUGCCGAAUAUACGGGAGAGGUUGACUAUAUGUGUUGCCGCCAUUACGAUUCUGGGAACAGCAUCAUGGGUCUUCUUUUCAGUGAUGACCCUAUUAAGGAGCUUGUUAUUUGCCCAGAUAAGCGUAGCAAUAUAGCUCGGUUUCUCUCAGGCAUCAACAAUCAUACAGAGGAAGGUAGGAAGAAACAAAACGUUCGAUGUGUCCGCUACAGCAUUAACGGGGAAGCGCGAGUGAUCCUGAUUGCUAUGCGGGACAUCCUCAAAGGGGAGCGUUUGUAUUACGAUUACAAUGCCUAUUACACUGAGUAUCCAACCCAACACUUCGUUUAAAGACGAAUGGGGUGUUUGAUGUUGGCUAGAAACCUUCUACCUCCAACUUCAACAAUUUCUUCGGUCAAGGCUGUUGCUUUGUGAAGUAUUGUCAGGAAAGCCUUGAUACAGUAAAAAUAAAAGAAUCCUUCACAAAUUGAGAAAUACGAAUGCGCUGUUUCAAGUGAGCUGACUUCUGACACUGGUGAUCAGGAAGGUCUUGCUAGCUUUGAAUUCUCGUGAAUGCAACCUUUUUCUUUCAAGCUUCAUUAGGUGGGCCAGAUUCAAGUCUUAUUGUUGCAAGAUCGCAACUGAUUGAAGGUAGCUUAGAUAAGAUCGGAAGCCUCAGUUAAAGGCCACUUAUUUUUGUGCUUUCCAUCGAAUUCCUAACCGUAACACCCUACCAUUGUGAGGUAGAUUUCUGCAUCGGAGAUGGAGAUUGUGUGCUGAAUGCGAGAACCGACCGAGCUUACUACUAUCUAGAAACAAGUAGCAGUUCAUGUCACUCUCUACUCACCAGGCUAGUUGUUGUGCAAGAGUAGCUUCAGGUAGAGUCAAUAUUGCUGGGUUGAUUGGCUGUCAAUAUUGGCAUGAAGGAUACCCCGCUCAUCAUCAAAGCCUCGUUGAGGAAAGGGAGAGUGCCAGCUUUGAAGCUCCAGAAACUCCAUGCAGAAUUCCUUCGUUGGGACCACCAUUCUUAUGAUGAGUCCAAUCAAGCGAAUCAAUGAUAGGACGCUAAAAUAGAUUGGAAUCUGUCUUUUUAAGAUUGUGCCAAUCAGUGACUCUGCAGGCAAAACAUAUGCUCAACAACUGCUUUUUAUCAAUGUAUACAUGACACUCAACUUAUGAUAA